ACAGACUUUGACCUGCUCAAAUCCAGAUGGACAGCAGCUGAUCACUGGUCCGAGGUCCUCAGAGCUGGAACAUGAGCACCUUUGUGACUCUCUCAACAGGGCAGAAGAUGCCCUUGGUCGGACUUGGCACAUGGAAGAGUGCUCCAGGACAGGUGAAGCAGGCCGUGCUGGCAGCUUUAGACUGCGGGUACAGACACAUCGACUGUGCAGCUGCUUACAGCAAUGAACAGGAGGUCGGAGAGGCUUUGGCUCUGAGGGUCGGUCCUGGGAAGGCUCUGCAUCGUGAGGAGGUGUUUGUUACUUCCAAACUGUGGAACACCAAGCACGACCCAGAGGAUGUUGAGGAAGCGUGCAGGACCAGUCUAGCCCACCUGGGUCUCACCUACCUGGACCUUUACCUCAUGCACUGGCCCAUGGCUUUUCAGCGGGGGAAGGAGCUGAUGCCUCGACGGGAAGAUGGAAGCAUUUGUUACUCUGAUACACACUAUAGACACACUUGGAUGGCCAUGGAGAGUCUAGUGGAUAAAGGUUUGGUCAAGGCUAUAGGACUGUCCAACUUCAACGCCAGGCAGACCGAUGAUAUCAUCAGCAUGGCCAGACACAAACCUGUGAUCAACCAGGUAGAAUGCCAUCCUUAUUUGUCUCAAGCAGAUCUCCUGUCACACUGUCGGUCAGUGGCAGUUUGUGUGACAGCCUACAGUCCUCUGGGCAGUGGGGACCGACCCUGGGCCUCUCCUGAUGAACCAAGUCUGCUGGAGGAUCCUCGACUGGGAGCUAUCGCCCAGAGAUACCAGAAAACACCUGCCCAGGUCAUACUCAGGUGGCAUGUUCAGAGGGGUGUAGUGUGUAUCCCUAAAAGUGUGACGCCCUCCAGGAUCCAGCAGAACUUGCAGGUGUUUGACUUUUCCCUGUCCAAAGACGACAUGAAGCUGAUUGAAUCGUUCAACCGCGACGAGCGUUUCAUUGUCCCAUCAGUGGAGCGGGGUGGUAAGAGAGUGUGGAGAGAUGCAGAACAUCCUCACUUCCCGUUCCAUGAUCCUUACUGAGUCUUCGUCCACAGGAUGCAAUAUCUUGCUUUUGAUAAUUGUUGUCACAUUGAAUGAAACCAGAUUUUUGUGUUUAAUUCAAAUAUGAUCAAAAUCAGUUUCCUUUUGUGAUGAAUAAUAUUUAGUGACUGUAUCCAUCAAGAACAUUGCUUGCAGCAUGUUUUUCCAGUCAAGUGAAAUUGCAAGAGGGGGGGCUUUUCCAUUGCAUUAUGUUUUCUUUCUUUGCCAGAGUGACACUGUGUGGUCAGUGACGGAACAACCUCUCUGUCCAAUUAUAAACAACUUUAACAUGGUGCCUGUAUGUUUCACAGAGACUAGACUUUCAGGGGUUCAUCAUCACUGAGUCACAGCAGCAGCACUGCACAUUGCACUUCUUAACAACUAAUCAAUGAUGAAUUAUCUUUACAGUGGUCAGGUAGCAUAAUAAUGCAAUAAUGGAAGGAACAUGGGCUGUCCCUAUUCCCUAGUCAUACCAUAUAAACACAAUGUCCUGGUGACCCCAGUGUGAGUCCAACCAAAGGACUUUGUUGCUUGUCAUUUCUGUAACUCUCCAUGUUUUCUUUCUGUCCCUACUUUCAAACGAUCAAAAAAAAAAAAAAAAUGUACAUCAAAUCUGUAUCAAUAAAAAAUUUCAAAACAGACACUAAUAACACCUCCAUUUCGUGAGAUUUUAUUUUCAACAACAUAACCUUGACAAAUUUGUAAUACAUUAUAUGCUACUGUUUAUUUAAAAAAAAGAGGAAGUCAUUAGCAAUAUGUUUUUUCUUUUCUUUCUUAUAGUCUAGCAUAGAAUCCCAUCACUAAAGCCAUUCAUGUUGGUUGUGAUAUACUGAGAAUGAGGCCACUCAAUAAAACCCCACCCACCCCACCGAAAAAAAACUCUGCAGUCACUCACUCACCUUCCAUUUCCAACAUCCCCUUACCCCACCCACAUCAAAGCCAGGGCAAACCAAGCGGCUACAUGCUUUCUCCAAGGGAAAUCAUACAAAAGAAAAAAAAAAAAAAAAAAAAAAAAAAAACCAAAACAAAACAAAACAAA